CAACAUCAAUUGCCACUGUCGUCAUGUCACUCAAGCGCAAGGCAGCAAACCAAACCUCCGCAGAAGCGAAGAAGCCGAAAGCCAACGGCAGCAUCACGGCAUUCUUCGGUCCACCCAAGCCCGUGUCGUCGUCGACUAUGUCGACAGAUCCGGCCAGAGCGCCUGUCGUUGCCAAGUUCGACAAGGACAAGUGGAUCGAGGGACUCACAGAAGAGCAGAAGGAACUGCUGCAACUCGAGAUCGAGACCUUACACGAGAGCUGGCUGGCCCACCUUAAGGAUGAGAUCACGAGCAAAGAAUUCCUAGCCCUCAAGGCGUUCCUCAAGCAAGAGGGUGCGAGUGGCACGAAGAUCUUCCCACCAAUGGAGGACGUAUAUUCCUGGUCGCGCCAUACGCCGCUCAAUACCGUCAAGGCUGUCAUCCUUGGCCAAGACCCCUACCACAACUACAACCAGGCGCAUGGGUUGUGUUUCAGUGUGCGGCCUCCCACGGCCGCGCCGCCCUCACUCAAGAACAUAUACAUCGCACUCAAGAAGGAUUACCCUUCAUUUGAGGCGCCACCCAAGAAUGGUGGACUGCUGACGCCGUGGGCGGACCGGGGUGUGUUGCUACUGAACACAUGUUUGACGGUGCGCGCGCACGACGCCAACAGUCACGCGGGUAAAGGUUGGGAGCGCUUCACACAAAAGGUCAUCGAAACAGUGAACCGCGUGCGCACCCAUGGUGUCGUAUUUUUGGCUUGGGGUACGCCUGCGCAAAAGCGUGUCACCGGUGUCAACGGGUCGAGGCACCUAGUGCUGAAGAGUGUUCACCCUAGCCCAUUGAGCGCUCACAGAGGAUUCUUCGAGUGUGGCCACUUCAAGAAGGCCAAUGAGUGGUUGGAGCAGCGCUACGGCAAGGAAAAUGGCCCCAUCGACUGGAACCUGAACGUUGACCCUGAGGACGCUGGCGUCUAAUCUCUGCAUCGCCUCCUGGCUGCGAAGCGGCAUGGCGUGCCAGCUCAUUUCUCUUGUAUUUCUCUUUCGGUAGCUGGCGUGUAUGGCUCUAUUGACGGAAAAAGCGCGUUUUUCGGAUCUUGGUAAAUCACGAACAGGACUGGAGUACAUGAUUGUCAUCAAAACGAUUCGUUAUACGGUUGAUAUGCUGGUUUCGUCGG